ACCCUUGUUUUGUCCCAAGAAAAUCUCCCCUCCAAUCUCUUUCUUCCUCCCUCAAAACUCAAAGCCUUGUUCAUGUCCCAUCUCCAAAAUCACGGGUCUCUCUUUCUCCUCCUCCUUCUUCUAGGGUUGGAUCUGAUCUCAUUCUUGAUACAUUUACCCUCGUAUUGCUUUCAUCUUCCUCUCUAAGGACUUCUCUCCUCCUGUCUGGUGCACAGAAUGGCAAACUCGGCAUCGGGAAUGGCGGUGCACGACGAGUGCAAGCUGAAGUUCUUGGAGCUAAAAGCAAAGAGGAAUCACCGGUUCAUCGUGUUCAAGAUCGAUGAGAAGAUCCAACAAGUUGCCGUGGAGAAGGUCGGGAGUCCCGAGGAGACCUACGACGAUUUCACCGCAUGUAUGCCACCCGAUGAGUGCCGAUACGCUGUUUUUGACUUCGACUUCACCACCGACGAGAACUGUCAAAAGAGCAAGAUCUUCUUCAUCGCCUGGUCGCCAGACACAUCGAGAGUGAGGAGUAAGAUGCUAUAUGCGAGCUCUAAAGACAGAUUCAAGAGGGAAUUAGAUGGCAUUCAAGUGGAGUUGCAAGCUACUGACCCCAGCGAGAUGAGCAUGGACAUCAUCAAAGCGCGAGCUCUCUGAACGAAUGAAUACCCUUGAUUUUAUGAGCUAAUAAUCUUUCUAUGUAUCCCAGUGAGCAGCAAAUUUUGCUUCUUCUGUAUGUUCUUUGUGGGUUAUUUGGAUUUAAAGAAUAAUUUCGUCAUUCCUUCUC